AUGGCAUCUGUUCAAGAUUCCAGAUAUGGCCAGAAAGAUACAUCUGACCAGAACUUUGACUACAUGUUCAAACUGCUCAUUAUCGGCAACAGCAGUGUUGGAAAAACCUCCUUUUUGUUCCGAUACGCUGAUGAUUCCUUUACAUCUGCAUUUGUCAGCACGGUUGGGAUCGAUUUCAAAGUAAAAACGGUUUUCAAAAAUGAAAAAAGAAUUAAGCUACAGAUUUGGGACACAGCAGGCCAGGAGAGGUACAGAACAAUUACCACAGCUUACUACCGGGGUGCAAUGGGCUUCAUUUUAAUGUAUGACAUCACAAAUGAAGACUCUUUCAAUGCUGUGCAGGAUUGGUCAACUCAAAUCAAAACGUAUUCUUGGGAUAAUGCCCAGGUUAUUUUGGUUGGCAACAAAUGUGACAUGGAGGAUGAACGAGUAAUCUUCACUGAGAGGGGAAAACAUUUAGCAGAGCAACUUGGAUUUGAAUUUUUUGAAACGAGUGCCAAGGAAAACAUUAAUGUCAAGCAGACGUUUGAGCGACUUGUGGAUAUCAUCUGUGACAAAAUGUCAGAAAGUCUGGAGAUGAGUCCCACCAUUGCUGCCAGCAACCAGAACACACAGCUAAAGGACACCCCUCCUCCACAGCAGCCCAACUGCAGCUGCUAAUGCAGCUAUCAGCAAAGGCAGCUCCAGUGUGUUCUAUUGCCAACAGAGUAUUUAUGAAUGGUCUAUAUGCCUUUAUUUAUACUGUCUUAUUAAUUUAUUUGGAGAACAGUCUUGUUUUACAUCAGCUGUUCAAAUAUGCAUAUGGGGAUGGAGCAGUUUUUAGCCUGAAAGGAUGAUCCAUAUUUUAGAACCUGGCUUUUGCA